GCUGGAAGGAAGACAGGAUGGGUAUGGGGUCCCAAAAAUGCUUUCUCCAUGUGGCCGUGAUGGGUGCUCUUCUGGCUGUAGGGACCACAGAAGGAUCCAGAGACCAGGAUUGGCUUGGUGUCUCAAGGCAGCUCAGAACUAAAGCCUGGAACAAGCAGCUGUAUCCAGAGUGGACAGAAAUCCAGGGAGCUGACUGCUGGAGAGGCGGCCAGGUAUCCCUGAAGGUCAGUAAUGAUGGGCCUACACUGGUUGGGGCAAAUACCUCCUUCUCUAUCUCCCUGCACUUCCCUGAAAGCCAAAAGGUGCUGCCGGAUGGGCAGGUCAUCUGGGCCAAUGACACCAUCAUCAAUGGGAGCCAGGUGUGGGGAGGACAGCCAGUGUAUCCCCAGGAACCCGAUGAUGCCUGUAUCUUCCCUGAUGGGAGGGCCUGCCCAUCUGGCCCGUUGUCUCGGAGGAGAAGAUUUGUUUAUAUCUGGAAGACCGGGGGCCAAUACUGGCAAGUUCUAGGGGGUCCUGUGUCUGGGCUGAGCAUUGGGACAGACACAGCAGCACUGGGCACACACACCAUGGAAGUAACUGUCUACCACCGCCGCCGGAAGUCUGAGAGCUACGUGCCCCUUGCUCACUCCCGCUCAGCCUUCACCAUUACUGACCAGGUGCCCUUCUCCGUGAGUGUGUCCCAGCUGCAGGCCUUGGAUGGAGGGAACAAGCACUUCCUGAGAAAUCAACCUCUGGUCUUUGCACUCCAGCUCCAUGACCCCAGCGGCUAUUUGUCUGGGGCUGACCUCUCUUACACCUGGGACUUUGGAGACAGUACUGGGACCUUGAUUUCUCGGGCACUUGUGGUCACUCACACUUACCUAGAGUCUGGCCCAGUCACUGCCCGGGUGGUGCUUCAGGCUGCCAUUCCUCUCACCUCCUGUGGCUCCUCUCCAGUUCCAGGCACCACAGAUGGGUAUGUGCCCACCGAAGAGGCUCCUGGCACCACAGCUGGGCUAGUGCCUACAGCAGAGUUUGCAGGUACUACACCCGGUCAGGUGCAAACUGAAGAGCCCUCUGGAACCACAGUUCUGCAGGUGCCAACCACAGAGGUCGUAGGUACUACACUUGUGCAAGUGCCAACUGCAGAGGGAACAGGGACCAUACUUACAGAGAUGCCAACUGCACAGGCUGUAGGUACCACCCCUGAAGUAUUAACUGCAGAGCCCUCUGAAACCACAGCUGUACAGAUAACAACUGCAGAGUUGGUGGAGACCACAGCGGGAGAGGUACCCACACCUGAGCCUGAGGGUCCAGAUGCCAGCCCACUCAUGCCUACAGAAGGUCCUACAGGCUCCCAGAGCCCCCUGCUGGAUGGCACAGCCACCUUAAUCCUGGUGAAGAGACAAGUCCCCUUGGAUUGUGUGCUGUAUCGAUACGGCUCCUUUUCCCUCACCCUGGACAUUGUCCAGGGUAUUGAAAGUGCUGAAAUCCUGCAGGCUGUGCCAUCCAGUGAAGGGGAUGCAUUUGAGCUGACUGUGUCUUGUCAAGGCGGGCUGCCCGAGGAAGCCUGUAUGGACAUAUCAUCACCAGGGUGUCAGCCCCCUGCUCAGCGGCUGUGUCAGCCUGUGCCACCCAGCCCAACCUGUCAGCUGGUUCUGCACCAGGCACUUGAGGGCGGCUCAGGGACCUACUGCCUCAAUGUGUCUUUGGCUGAUGCCAACAGCCUGGCAAUGGUCAGCACCCAGCUUGUCAUGCCUGGGUCUGGGAUUCUACUCACAGGUCAAGAAGCAGGCCCCCUGCAGGCUCCCCUGUUUGUGGGUGUCUUAUUGGCAUUGACAGCUAUGGUGCUUGCAUCUGUGAUAUACAGGCACAGACUUAUGAAGCAGGGCUCUACUGUCUCCCUCCCCCAGCUGCCACACAGCAGCACCCACUGGCUGCGUCUGCCCCGGGUCUUCCACUCUUACUCCGUUGGUGAGAGCAGCCCCCUCCUCAGCGGACAGCAGGUCUGAGCCCUCUCAUGUGAUGUCACAAUUUAUCCAGGGUGGCCGGCAAUGCCUACCUUUUCUCCAAUCUCCACUUGGAGACUACCAUUACCUGAAAUAAAUACUCAGAACCUGA